AUUUAUUAUCAAACAUAGGAUGAUUUCCCCUGAAAAUUUAUCUGACAAGGUAAGAUAGUGUAAAUAUUUUUAGUACGAAGAUCAAUUCUCAAGACUGGAAAAAGCUGUAAUGAUUGAUACUAAAUUUUAUAGAUGAUCGAGUUAUUCAAAUAUGAGAACUUGCUAAAUAAUGAAUAUUUGGUAAGGAAGUUCGAAACAGACAUUGCAAAACCAGAUCAUUAUUUGUUAUAAUAUGUGGUGGUGUAAAGGGAAAAUUCUAUUAAGAAUCAGUAUGUGCAAAAUGAAUAGAAUGAUAGAAAACAAUAUCAUCUGAUCUUGACAGCUGUAUGAUUAUGAUGUAAUCCAUAAAUUUAGAUACUGAAGAAGUAUAAUAACUAAUUAUGGAACUUUGAUCACGGACUUCUACUUAUUAGACCCUAUUUCCGUAGUGAAAGGAAGAGAAUUCUAAUAAAAUCAAGUGCAUCCAAUAUUAGUAGUAUAAAGGAAUCGCUUAGAAGUGCUGGAUAGAAUAGAGAAUAAUUAUAGUUUGAAGAAGAAAUAUAUUAGGCUGAUAAAAGUCUAAUUAAAUUGACAUUGACCUGUCAGAGUGAAUAGUGUGCAGAUGAGAUUUUCACUUAUUUGAUGUCCAACAAAUCGAAGUUGCAAAUAGACUCGGUCAUGAUGCAAAGUGUUGAUUACUUGGACGAAUUCCAUAAGCAAAUCAAUUUGAAGAAGUGUGCAAUGAUAUAGAAUAAGAAACCACAUUAGCAUGAUGAUUAUGAUGAGGAAAUUGAGAGACAUGAUAAUAAAGGUUAUCAGAAUUCUGGUUAUUCAAAAGGGAGAGGAAGAUAGAAUUAUGGAUAACAAGACUAGCAAGAUAACGAAGACUACAAAAAUUCAAGAGGGAAGGGCAGAUUUGAUAGAAAACAAGGGAAUAGAUAAAAUAAUGUAAUGAUUUCGCUCCAUAAGUUAGCAAUACUUUCAAAAGGGGGAAUCUCAAUAGCAGUAUCAAUUGGUUCCGAAAAGUAUAGUCCACAAAACACCGAAGUAAUAAGUUAAGUAGGACCCAAUCGAUUAAAAUGAUUUCCCAACUUUGGGUGCAUUAUAGAAUUGAGUAGUAUGAAUAAAU